CACACACACACACACACUGAGAGAUGAAUAGUUUCAGCUUCAGAUAGAAACCACUACUCCUGCUGAGAGAGAACAUAUAGCCUACUGUAUACAGGAAAGAGUUCUGGGAAUACUGGAAUACUACACUUCAACCAGCUGCUGAAUCCACAAACUGAAUCUUCACUCGGAGACUAAAUGGCUUCCAGAUCAGAGGAGGAUCUCUGCUGUCCGGUCUGUCAAGAAGUCUUCAGAGAUCCUGUUGUUCUGUCAUGUAGCCACAGCUUCUGUAAGGACUGUCUGGAGAGAUGUUGGAGAGAGAAACCAACACAGGAGUGUCCACUUUGUAGGAAAAGAUCCUUGUCUAACCCACAUGUUAGCCUGGUGUUGAAGAACCUGUGUGAGGCCGUCAUACAGGAGAGAGAUCAGAGAUCUUCAGAGGCUCUCUGCUGUCUGCACUCUGAGAAACUCAAACUCUUCUGUCUGGACCAUCAGCAGCCGGUGUGUCUCGUCUGCAGAGAUUCAGAAAAACACACCAACCACAGAUUCAGACCCAUCGAUGAAGCUGCACGACAACACAAGAAGGACCUUCAGGAAACUCUGGAGCCUGUGAAGAAGAAGUUAAACGUUUUUGAACAAGUUAAAGUGAAGUGUGAUCAAACAGCAGAACACAUAAAGGUCCAGGCCCGACGCACAGAGACACAGAUUAUAAACCAAUUUAAGAAGCUUCACCAGUUUCUAGAAGAGGAAGAGGUGGCCAGGUUGGCUGCGCUGUGGGAGGAAGAGGAGCAGAAGAGUCAGAGGAUGAAGGAGAAGAUGGAGGCUCUGAGCAGAGAGAUUGGAGCUCUUUCAGACACAGUCAGAGCCACAGAGGAGCAGCUGAGAGCUGUUGACAUUUCAUUCCUGAUCUACUACAAGGCUGCAGUGGAAAGAGUCCAGCAGCACCCCCUGCUGGAUGAUCCACAGCUGCACUCAGGAGCUCUGAUAGACGAGGCCAAACACCUGGGCAACCUGAGCUUCAACAUCUGGAACAAGAUGAAGGACAUGGUCUCCUACACUCCUGUGAUUCUGGACCCAAACACUGCUUAUCCAGAACUCAUCCUGUCUGAAGAUCUGACCAUUGUGAGAUUUGGAGAGAGACAGCAGCUUCCUGAUAAUCCAGAGAGGUUUGAUUAUUACUACCUCUCUGUCCUGGGCUCUGAGGGCUUUAACUCAGGGACUCACAGCUGGGAUGCUGAUGUUGGCAACUGUACAGACUGGGAACUGGGUGUGUUAGCAGAGUCUGUCCAGAGGAAGGAAGUCAUUCAGUCUGGAAUAUGGAGCAUAGUGUUCGAACAAGCUAAAUACUCAGCACGGUCACGACCAGAUCCAGACACUGUUCUCAGAGUGAAGAUGAAGCCCCAGAGAGUCCGAGUGACUCUGGACUGGAACAGAGGAAAGCUGUCGUUCUAUGAUCUUGGUACUAACACACACAUACACACCUUCACACACACUUUCACUGAGAUACUGUUUCCAUUGAUUGACAUUAGGGGGGAAGUGAAGGUUUUACCGCUGAAGGUCUGUGUGACUGUGGAACAGAAAUAGAUGAUGAUGAUUAUUAACAGCAAAUAGUAUAAACUGUCAAAAAUAAGGCAAGGAGGUAAUGUUUUCGAUUCGGUCUGUUUGUUUGUUUGUCUGUCAUCAGAAUUACAGAAUAACAAUUGGCCCGAUUUUUAUAUAACUUUGUGUAAGAGUGUAGCAUGGGCUGAUAAAAACCCAUUACAUUUUGAUCUGAAUCACAGGGCAGAUACACAAAUACUUUUUUCAUCAACAUUGCGAGCUACAGCAUUUGUGUUGCAUUCAAGUGGUGUAGGAAUUAUUGAAAAAAAUAGUUCCUGACUGGGAAAGAUUACACUGCAUUAACAUUAUGAGAUAAAGCAUUCCUUGGGGAAGGUCUGUACUCUCCGAGUGCUCUUCUAGCUAAACUUAUUAAUAACUACUUUGUGUUGAUUGUAAGUUAUUCAUCUUAAGGCCCCAACACUCCAACCUGAUUAUCAUCCGUCAGACAGUCUGGCGAGGUCAGCGACGCAAGUCUGUUUGGUGUGUUCUGUGCCGUCAUCAGUCGGAGGGGCCGUUCAUUUGGGCUGAUUUGACUUGUUGAAUCGGAGGGCAGGCAGUCGGACUCAAUGGCCAAUCUGAUUGUUGCACUAACCCGAAAAUGAGCCUGACUAACGCCUCUCAAAGUGCCGCCUGCUGUUACUUUGUGUCGAUUGUGUCGAAGUUAUUCAUCUUAGCAACAUGACAUGUGGAGUUCCGCAAGGCUCAAUCCUCGGCCCUCUUUUAAUUUACAUUUACAUGCUUCCAAUAGGCCAAAUUAUACAAAACAACAUCAACUUUGCAGAUGACAAAUUUGGCUUUUUACGGAGGUGCACUCUCUCUUUUAGUUUAAAGGUGCAGUAGGUACGCCUUAUAAAACUAACUUUCUAACUAACUUUUCUUUCACACGUGCUCUAUCGUUGACAGCUCUCCCUUGUGGGGGGAGGGGCUUUGGAGACCUUUUGGGCUUUAUCUGAAAGGGGGGUAGGGACUUAGAAGUUGUCAAUGUUCAAAUGAUUGGGCUAAGUCCUGGAUAUUCACAAUCCUACCUACAGCACCUUUAAGGUUGUUUUCAUUAAUGUCAAAGAUUAUUCUUUUGAACAGACCUAUCAGUACAUUCAUUGAGUUUAGAAAAUAUGCUUGCUCUUGGGGGAAUUACUGGAAUUGUUGUUUUUUUGUAAAUUAUAGAGUGUGGUCUAGACCUACUAUAUCUGUAAAGUGAGAGAUAACUCUUCUUAUGAUUUAAUAUUAUUAAAGGUGCAGUAGGUAAGAGUUAUAACACUAACUUUUUCAUAUUUGCUGAAUCUGACCCUAUGUUCCAGUAGAACUACAUGAACCACCAACAGCCUGUAGUGCAAUUUGCAAAAAUCCACAGC